UCCGUCCUGUGCCCCUAGACCGUCCACGAUUACAUCGGUCCCCUGCCAGACGUCGCGCCACCGCGCCGUCGCGCGCGGCCACGCAGUUCCCGUCGUCUCCAUCCGUCGUCCCCGGCCUCACGUCGCCGCGCCGCCCCCGGCGCCCUACGGAGACCGCGGUGGCACCGUGAUUCGUGUCGUCACAGUUUUGCCGUCGCCGCGUUCUAUGGCCACCGUCAUCCCCGUGUUCUUCCGCGACCAUCUCCACCAGAUCGACGACACGAAUCUGUCUUUCGUCCUCCAUCGUACGUCCAGCCCUCAACCGAUCCGGCUACUCACUGUGCCUGAUGUAGCGCCACCGCCGGUGACGCCAGGAAAGGACCUACUGCUCCGCUGCAGUGGAUCGCCGCUUUCAAUGAGAUUGGGACCUGCCAUCGCCGUCGCCAACAAGAUCCGCGCCAUGGAUGGGAGGAGCUCCGGCCAGAUCAGAGAGCAGCGAAUAGGGAGGAGGCCAAGAGAGGGGCCACCGCCAAUGGCCCGCUCACCGCGCGUCACCAUCUCCGACAUCCAUGAGGUUGGUGUACAAUGUGGUUUUAUCACUCCACAGUAGUUGCAGGAGUAUGAUCCGGCUGGAUUUGCCCCCCCCCCCCCC